AAAUCCACAUUUUCCCCGGGGGGCCCUAAAAACGCAAUAAGGGUUGUCGAAGGCCCAGGCCGAGGGCAAAGCCAGCUAGCCAAAAACCCCUUCCCACAUCCAUCCAUCCAUCCGCCCGUCCUCUCUCUCCCCCCCUCUGCUCAACAUUACCCCGAACACUCGACGAGGCAGCCUCGCGCGAUGCUGCCGAGCUGGAGAGCGCGCCGCCGACCGACUGCCAUCGACACCAAGACAUGAUGCAAGCCGCCGCUCCGUCGCAGAACGGAUCGACCGGACCCCAGCCGAGCAACCACGUGUCGCUGCAGAGCAAGCAGGAACCCGACAGCGACGACGGCACCAACCUACUGCAGAGCGGGGACGAGAACGAUCAGGAGGAGGAUCACGACAGCUCCGGCGCUGUGCGCCCGGGCAAGCGCAAGAGGCCAAUCUCUGUCUCUUGCGAAACAUGUAAGCAGAGAAAGGUGAAAUGCGAUCGUGGACAGCCGUCGUGCGGUUGGUGUAGAAGGAACGCGGUCUUCUGCGAGUACCGCGAGCGCAAGAAGCCCGGCCUCCGAGCUGGCUAUGGCCGAGAGCUGGAGCAGAGGCUCGACAAGCUCGAGGAGAUCCUGAGGUCGCACUCCGAGAUCCUCCAGAACGCCUUCUCCAACCAUGGCCACGCCCACGCCGCCCCCAGCGUGCGCAACAGCAACCCCAGCCUGCCGAGCGACCAUGGCACGCCGCGCGAACCCGUACCGCUGUUCCGGCCCUCCGAGUCCAUCCGGACGCCCCAGGCCGAGACCGCGCUGUUCCUGCAGAAGCCCUCGACCUUCCCGACUACGACUCAAAGCAUGGACUUCGGUCUGCCGCCGCCGACUCCGUCGAUACACUCGAUGCACGACGGCUUCCAGCCCCAGAUCCCCAUGGCCGCCAUCUCCCCCCCAAACCAGCUAGGGCCGAGUCUGCAGCCGAGCUCCGCCGUUCAAGAGUACUACGGCCAGUCGCAGUCGCAGCCGCAGCCGCAGUCGCUCCGGUCCCCGGGUGUGAAUGUCACCCACGGCCCGGCUCAGAUCUCUUCCGAUCAGGACUUGCCCCCGUACGACUUGCUCUACGCGUUAGUCGACCUAUACUUCAAGCACAUCAACACCUGGUGCCCUAUCCUCCACAGGAAAACCACACUGGAUUCGUUAUUCGGACCUUCGACUCUGGAUGACACGGACAAGGUGCUGCUGCACGCGAUCGUCGCUGCCACUCUGAGAUACUCCACAGACCCCCGACUUUCGGAGGAGAAGAGGCGGCAUCACCACGACGUCUCGAAGCAGAGGGUCCUGCUCUACGGCAUGGAGAACUCGUCGGUCAAGGCGCUGCAGGCCUUGGUCAUAUUAGCCUUGGACCUGUGCGGGAGUAGCAACGGUCCGCCGGGCUGGAACAUCAUGGCCCUAAUCACACGAUCGGUCGUGCAGCUGGGUUUGGCCGUCGAAACCAACUCGCUGUCCGUGUCGCCCAACUACGCGUCGAUAUAUACCCUGCGGGCUAUGGUCCUGCCGGAGCCGAGGGACUUCGUCGAGGAGGAGUCGCGGCGGAGGCUCUUCUGGAUGAUAUAUCUCCUGGACCGGUACGCGACCAUCGCGACCGCGUUCGACUUCGCCCUGAGCGAUAAGGAGAUUGACAGGACGCUGCCCUGUCGGGACGACCUGUGGAUCAAGAACCAGAAGGUGGAGACGAGGUGGUUCUACAUGCAGGACCGCCCGCCCGACACCCCGGGCCACGAGGUGAACAAGCCCGAGAACCUGGGCGCUUUCUCGUACUAUAUCGAGAUCCUCGGCAUCCUCUCCAAGAUCCACGAGUUCCUCAAGCAGCCGGUCGAUAUCGGCGCGCUGGGCGACGUCGAGCAGUGGCAGAUGCGGUACAAGGAGCUCGACAACCUCCUCGCCACGUGGAAGUUCGGCCUGCCGGGCGAGUACGGGAACAUGGCCAAGCUGUUCCAGCCGGGCGGCAACAAGACGCUAAAUUGCGGGUGGGUGAUGCUGCACGCCACUUACCACACGGCCGUGAUCCGGCUGCAUUCGUCGGCGGCCUAUCCGACGACGCGGUCGCCCAUCUUCACGCCCUCCUACAGCGCGAGCCAGCGCUGCCUCGGCGCCGUCGAGAACAUCGCGGCGCUGGGCGAGUUCGUGGUGCAGAACGGCAUGCUGAACAAGCUCGGCCCCCCGUUCGCCUUCACGCUGUGGGUCGCGGCCCGCCUGCUGCUCGUCCACGGCUCGACCGUCGAGCACAAGCUGGCGCCGCAGAUCGCCUUCCUCGUCGACACGCUGCGCGACAUGGGCCGGUACUGGCCCGUGGCCGGGCGGUACUGCCAGCUGCUGCAGCGGGUGCUCGACGAGCACAGCGACAGCGAGCGCGCCGUGGGCCACACGGGGGAGCGCAUCACGCCCUCCUCCGUCAAGAUCCUCGCCGACAUGAGGCGCACCGCCUUCGACCUCGACUUCCUCAUCAGCCGGCAGCCGCGCCACCUGGCCGGGGCGCCGAGCCGCCGGCCGAGCGUGACGCCGGCGCGCACCCCGGCGCCGAACGAGCUCGAGUACCUCGACGUCUUCGACUUCUUCAACGUGCCCCGGCUGCCGUUCGGCCCCGACGCCUCGGCCGCGCCGUCGGCAGGGAACCCGGGUAACGACAGCAACGGCAGCAACAAUAACGAGGUGAGCAUGGAUGGCACGGCGGGAAACAACGACAACAGCGGGACGGCCAGCGCGAAUGGCGCCGCCGCGAACGAGUUUAACAUCACGAAUUUCAUGGUCGACGCGAACAGCGACUGGCUCUUUAAGCAGCCCAGUUAGAUUAGCCGUGGGGGCAAUGGCGAAACGGCACUGUAUAUCAUCAUCACACACAUUCUCUCUUUCCUGCGAUGU